CGAUUCCUGUAGCACGUAACGAUUUAGUUUAUUGAGAGAUAUCAGCAGGACGAAAAGGAUCUUUGAAGAAGUAUCCCAGCUGGCUGGAGGGGCAUGUCUGUCUCUGUGUUGGGUUGACAGCAUUAGGUGUUAAUGAUGGAGAAUGGUGAGGGAGAGGGGACGGGUGAAUCAGAGCCUGUGCUUGAUACACGGCAGCUGUGUCGCUUCUUCUCUCAGGGAAGACACUGCAAUUUUGGGAAGAAAUGCAAAUUCCUACACAUUAGAGAUGAUGCCAGAGCUCAUGAGAAGAAAACAACCAGGACGCACAGCCAGUCAGAUGUCACAUUGCCAAACUCAGAGGUCCCUGGAGGAGAUUUGGUGCACAGGCCUCCCAACUCCAGGGCUGCCCCAGCAGCUAGCCGCCGCCCCUGUCGCUACUUUGUCUCAGGCCACUGCACCAUGGAGGACAGAUGUCGCUUCUGGCAUCCACCACAGUUCCCCCCUGUGGACGACCAGCGUGCUCCUGGCAGUUACCCAAGACCUGCGCAGAGGAUGCCACCAGUGCCCCGUCCAAGCAUCCUCCAGGAGGUCAAGCUGUGUGACCUGACAGAGGAUAUGUCCAAGCAGCUGCGGGACACAGAGAUCAAUCAGUUAAAGAAGCGUUUUCCCAAAGAUCAGCUGAUUAUUCAGGAACGAAGUGAUGGAAAACUUACGUAUUACAGGGCAACUGUUGAGGCCAUGGAUCCAGACUGGCCUUUUGAUUUAAAAAAGGUCGACAUCAUGGUGAGCUUCCCAGACAGUUAUCCUCAUGAGGUUUUCACUAUAGACAUACCGCUGGACCAGGAGCUGCCGCCAGUAAUGGCGAGACACGUACAGCAAGCGUCAUUGGAGUGGCUUCAAGCCAAGCACGCAACCAAUCAGCUUCUGGGAAAGAUAGAGCUGCUCUUCCGGCCUUUUCUACGCUGGCUAGAUCGAAGUUUGGAGAGACUCUUUACGGAAGGAGCCCGGCAGCUGAAAAAAGACAUUGAUUUAGAAAAAGCUGGAUUGCAGUUCAUAUCAUACCAGGAGCUUCAGGCAGCUGUGUGUAAAAAAUCUGGAAAUUAUCUUUCAUCUGACGCCGCUGCUGCAGGCGAGGAGGUCAGUGAUGAAGGCAAACUGGAGAAGACAGAGGAUGAGAGGACAAUGGAGGAAGGGACAUUAGUGCAGCAGGAGGGUCCAGGUUCUAAUGAAGGGCAGCAGCAGGGGGAGGACACCAGUCAUCUGGUGGAGAACAUUAAGAUCAGCGAUCCCCGUAGAGGCACAGAGAUGAAGCUGCUGGGACUGAGACUGGGAGAGAACACAGCUACUGUCGCAGCCCAACAAAUCACCGUUUGUCUUCAGUGUAACAGGUGUAAGGUGACCGCAGAUCUGACGCUGACUGGAAGGGCACCCUGCACAGCUCAGUGUGAAAAGUGCAGUGCAAGCAUCAGUGCUGCGUUCAGGCCCUGCCUGCUGCACCAUUACAGCGAUGUCCUGGGAUACCUGGACCUCUACAAUGCUACACCCGCUGACCUCGUGCUUCAGGACUGUGACCUCAUCGUGGGCUGCCUCAGCUGCUCCCAGGAGGGCCCUGUGCAGAACCUUUCCUAUGGUCAAACAAAGGAGUUUAAUUGUGAACACUGCCACAGCAAACUAAAUCUUAUGGCUGAGAGCACAAGAUUUCAGUAUAUUCCUCCACGCGCCAACAGAACAGGUCGAAGUGCUGCUACUGUUAAUUACAAGACAAUAAGAGAUCCUGCUGUGCAAAAAGGGAAGCCGCUGCCAGAAAAGGGAUCAUGCAAGCAUUACAAACAGAGCCAUCGCUGGCUAAGGUUUCCAUGCUGCGGUCGGGCUUAUGCCUGUGAUGUGUGCCACGAUGAGGACCAGGACCACCCCAUGGAACUGGCCAAUAGGAUGAUCUGUGGCUACUGUGCCAAAGAACAGCCAUACAGCAAUGGAAAGCCUUGUGUCAGCUGCGGCAGCAUGAUGACGAGAGGUGCACGCACCAGCCACUGGGAGGGAGGACUGGGCUGCAGAAACAAAGUCAAAAUGGCAAGAAAUGAUCGCCAAAAAUAUGCCAACACCAACAAAACCAUUUCAAGGAAGGCUCUGGGUGAAAAUAAGUAGUUGGCGAAGAAGAGCAUUAUUGCCUUAAUUUGUGACAACACGUGACACGAUUUCAAUGAAAUUUUUGCACAUUUUCACCAAUAAAUCAUGUUGUUAUGAUCA